AAGUGAAAACGUGAAAUCGAUAAUUUUUUGUUCAUUCAUGCCGAGCCGGCAACAUGCGCUAUAUCUAUUGAUCCUAUUCGGAUUGUCAGUGUUUUGACAGAUACGUUUCGUGCUCUAAUUAUAUGAGUGCGGAAUGUUUUAAAUCCAGAAAAUCUAACAGGAAUUCAGAAAAAAUCCAAUAUUAACUAAUCAUGUCAGAGAUACGCCAGAGGAAAGACACCAAAGAAAAUAACGUGGAGUCAGCGGACAGCAAUGUGGACAGUGAGGAUGACAAAUCACCUAAAUCUGAUCUUUCAAAUGCAAUUCCAACUGGAACAAAUAAAGCGCCGUCUGUUUUGGAGACAGUUCUGAACAGUUUACCGGACAGAUGGAGGAACUGGGUGGUCCGCGGCAUUUUCAGUCUGAUAAUGAUAUCCUUCUUCUGCAUCGUGAUCUACGGUGGACCGCUGGCUUUGAUGAUCACUACUCUAGUCGUACAAGUAAAGUGCUUUGCGGAAAUAAUUAACAUCGGCUACGCUGUUUAUCGAAUACACGGACUGCCAUGGUUCAGAUCCCUGUCUUGGUAUUUCCUAAUAACGUCCAAUUACUUCUUCUACGGCGAAAGUUUGGUAGACUAUUUCGGCGUGGUCAUUAAUCGAUUGGACUUCUUGAGAGCCUUGGUAACAUACCACAGAUUCAUCUCGUUCUGCUUGUACUGCGGCGGCUUCGUGUGGUUUGUACUGAGCUUAGUCAAGAAAUAUUACAUGAAACAAUUUUCUCUGUUCGCCUGGACUCAUGUGGCUCUGCUAAUCGUCGUUACUCAAUCCUAUCUCAUUAUGAAGAAUAUAUUUGAAGGUUUAGUCUGGUUCAUUGUGCCGGUUUCAAUGAUUAUUUGCAACGACAUUAUGGCUUACAUGUUUGGAUUCUUCUUCGGCAAAACUCCAUUGAUUAAAUUAUCACCGAAGAAGACUUGGGAAGGAUUUAUUGGAGGAGGAGUAGCGACUAUUGUUUUUGGUUUCAUGAUUUCUACUUUUAUGAGCGGUUUUCCAUAUUUUGUAUGUCCUAUUGCUUACAAUGAAACCCGAGGUGGAAUGUCCAUCGAUUGUGAACCAAGCGCCCUCUUUUCUCCAGCCGAAUAUACUCUUCCAGCGUGCAUUGCCAGCGUUUUCCAAGUGGUGGGAAUGCCAACUUCUUUCAACAUCGUUCCAUUUGCUCUGCAUUCCUUCUCCUUGUCGCUAUUCAGUAGUAUAAUCGGUCCAUUCGGAGGUUUCUUUGCUUCGGGUUUCAAACGCGCUUUCAAAAUCAAGGACUUUGGAGAUGUUAUUCCUGGACACGGCGGAAUAAUGGAUCGUUUCGACUGUCAAUUUUUGAUGGCGACUUUUGUCAACGUCUAUUUUACCAGUUUCAUCCAGAGUGACAGCCCGCAAAAGUUGCUGUCGCAAAUCUCUUACUUGAAAUCUGAUCAGCAGCUCGAGCUCUUCCAAUUGCUUAAAGAAUCUCUUAUUAACAGAAACAUAUUAGAAAUAGGUAAUUAAAAGUUAUCUACGACUCGAGUAAAUUUAGUUCAAUCCAUGUAUGUAGUCUGGCCCUUAUUGUUGUACACAGAUAUUCCUAUUUCAAUGCAAUCUAAAUAUAUCAAUUGUAAAAUGUAAUUAAUGAAUUAGCCAGAGUUUUAGGUACAUAGAUUAAUUUAGUCUAUGUACGUUUCAUGUCCCCAAACGUAGAAGUUUUAAUAUUAAUUAUUAAAGUUUUGUUUUAUUGAUGAGUUACUUAUUAACUGUACUGGACAUGGGGGCCAUUAAUUAGUUCAUGCAAGGAUCAUGCAUAUACAUAUAAAUAUAUAUGCAUACAAUAUAUGUUUUAAGUUUUUGGGCCUAGUGUAUUUGAGGUCCAGAAAUUGUGGGGUACUUUGCAGUGCAAUAGAUUUAUUAUAUAAUAAUUUUAAAAAUACAGGAAUAUAAUGAUAAACAAA